CUAGUCUAUUGUGUGAUCCUGGGAUCCUUACAUGUUUGUUUUUAUGUUGAACAUCGCCUCGUUUGUCCUAGAUGUUGUUUGUUGUUGAUCCCAUCACUAUUUGAGUUUUUCGAUUUGUUUGAUGCUCCAGCCGGUUUCACGGACAUACAUACAUACAUACAUAGUUCCAGAAGGACCGCCGGCGAGACACAGAGCCCAAGAGAGGUAGACGAAUCUAUCCUUUUCAAGAGUGGGUCAUUUUUACAGUAUCCAUAUUUGGGGUCAUCUUUAGCAAAGCCUGGCGCAACUGUGAUACUUGGAUCGCUAUAGCCUUCGCUGUUAGAUUGCGCGAUCUGCCUUGUGGUUGUUUUGGACGGAUUUGCACUUCAGAAUGUGAACAGGCAUUUUGAUUCACGACUCCUAUUGCUUGGAACACUCUGCAAGAGGACAACAGUAGUAUAAGUUCCCUUCAUAGCAGCGUCAUAUCGGUCUUUGGAGUGUUGAAUGAAAUGGUUGUUUUCAGGCACCAAAAGACAAGUCUCUCCUUCGGUCAUUGUGCAAGCUAAAAAAUAUCAACCUGCGAAACUUUGCGAGUCAUCCAGAUUGAACUUGGCACUCAUACUCAUGUACCCUGCACACAUGUGCCCACAUUUCUCCCCCAGGUGACCCCGCCCCAACUGAUCGGCCAAUCUUCCACGCAAAUUGCAGGGGUUUUGGUGUUUGGGAUAGAUGGCCGUGUGCUUGGAUCUUGGAGAGAAAAACGUGUGUUCUUUUCGUGGAAAGCCUGGAAAGCGUGGAAUUUGGGCCGGUGUUGGGCGGCCUUCUCCAGGUGUGUGUGUGUGUGUUGAGGCUGGGGCAUCAGAUUCCCAGCCAGAAGGAAGAGGUCGAACAGGAGGUGCAAGCGUAUCAGCAGACCAUGCAAGACCGUCUAACUCGCCUGGGAGUCUCCGGCCCCGGCGGUGCAAGCACCGUGUCUGCGGACCCCUCGGAAGCUGUGAAGGAUGCUCUGUUGCGCUACCACAGCGCCUGCGAGAAGUUGGGAAAGCUCUACGCCUUCGAAAAGCCCAAGCGAGAUGCCCCGCCGGACAUGGAAGCACGAAGGCAGAUCGCACGCUUCGUGAGAGAUCUAAAGGAGGCAGAUCCCGAUCGCUAUGGACCGACGGAGGCCCGGCGAGUGAGCGUGAUCCAAGUGGAACCGUUGAUAGAGCCCACGCAGGAGCUGCUCCUUUGAUUCGGAAUACACCC